GAAGAGUCCCGGGCUGCCCUCGGCGCCUCCGUCGCCCCAGCCGCCGGCGCUUUUGCCGCGGGGGGCCGCGUCGCGGCGAGGGGCGCCGUGGCCAGGCAGGCUGGCUACAAGAUGAGCGCUGCCGUUCCCUUCCUGCCCAUGUCACCAGCGCUGGAGGGCAUCCCAGGCGAGGAGGAGGGCUUCGACCCCAUGGGCUUCUCCCUGGCCUUCGAGAUCGGCUGGCUCCGUGAGGCGGAGCUCAAGCACGGCAGAGUGGCGAUGCUUGCAACUGUGGGGUGGAUCACCACCGACAUGGGCCUGCGCGUCCCGGGUGAUGCCUUCCAGGUCUCUACCAUCGAGGCGCACGACGCCAUGGUCAAGUUCGGAGGAAUGCCGCAGAUCCUCAUCUGGUGCGGCCUCCUGGAGGUUCUGGGCCUCUUCGCGUACGUGAACAUGCGGGAGGGCAAGACGGACCGCAAGCCCGGGGACUUCGGCCUCCGCGGCUUCUACCCCAGCGACCCCAAGGGCCAGUACGAGAUGCAGGUCAAGGAGCUGCGCAACGGCCGCCUGGCCAUGCUCGCCUACUCAGGCAUCGUGACCGCCGCUGUCCUCACGCAGGAGAAGUGGCCUUUCUUCGAUGUCGUCCUGAACGCUGUGGCCAAGGACUCCCAGGUCUCCCAGGGCGGCGCUUUCUGUGGGGCCGCGGCCCCCAGCCGUGCCGGCGCGCGCACGGCGUGCCGGGCCUCCUCUAGCAAGAGCCUGCCCUUCCUGCCGAAGCCCGCGAACCUGGGAGGUCUCAUUGGCGGUGAGGCCGAGUUUGACCCAGUUGGCUUCUCGGACAUCAUCGACAUCAAGUGGCUGCGGGAGUCCGAGCUGAAGCACGGACGUGUCUGCAUGCUGGCCACCGUCGGCUUCGUCGCGGAGCAGUACUGGCAGCUGCCCGGCUUCGACGCGGCACCGGAUGCCUUGCAGGCCAUCUAUGUGGCACCGUACAACGCCACUGGCGUCCUCCUCUUCCUCGCGGGAUACAUCGAGAGUGCCAGCUACGGCGGAAAGAUCACGAUGCUUGACAUGUUCGAGGGUGAUGGCGCCAGCCGUGCACCGGGAGACUUGAACUUCGGCAAGAGAUUCCUCCCGCAGGACAAGGCGUCUGCCGACGACCUGGCCUUGAAGGAGCUCACCAACGGGCGCCUGGCGAUGCUGGCUUUCUCAGGCAUGGUUCACCACAACCUGAUCGUCAAGGGCCCUCUCUUCCCGCUCUUCCCCGAGGGCUACACGGGACCCCAGGGCUCCUGGGAUCUGGACUCCGUGGCGGGAGCCCUGAACAGUGGCCGCAUGGGUCUGUAA